AUGAUGCACCGGCUGCUAUGCGGGGUAGAGGGAACCCUAAGGAAAGAGCUGUACUUGGACAGCAUGUCGGGCAACGAGACCAAUGACUUUUUGAGCGUGCUGCAUCGGCACGAGGACAAGCAGCGCGCGCAGCUGGAGUUCGUUAGAGUGUGCGCGGGUCUGAGCGUGCUGGGCGUGACGGAGAGCGAGCAGAGAACGAUCUUUUGCUUCGCCCGGCCGCAGAGCGCCCAACGCGCUGCCGCCCUUCUCGGCACCACCGUCGAGGAGCUGUCGCGGGCGGUUUUCGGCGCGGGGGCGGGCACCCCGAACGGCUCCCGGCCGCCCUUUGGCGCCGCCUCGCCCGCAGGGGACAGAACGGGCAGUGAGGAUGAGGCGGUGGGAGCGGAGGCGCUGGAGGGGAUCGUCGUCGGGCUGUCCAUAUCAUGCUCGACGUACACCGUCAACUCGAUCUUGCUCGUCGACAGUCCCGGCUUCCAGAACCCGGCCACCUGCGGCCGACAAGCGGGCGCCUCCUUCGAGGACCUCUGCCACAACUACUUGCAGGAGCGGCUGCAGCUGCUCUUCCACCACACCAACCUGGUGGCGCCCAAGGACAGGUACCUGCAGGAGAACGUGGAGUUCGCGUUCGACGAGAACGAGAACGAGAACCUGAUCAAUCCGGCGCCGUUGGUCAACUUGCUGGACAAGACCGCGCAGAGCUCGGUGAUCAGGACGUCGCAGACCGACCUACAUGAAGAUGAAGAAUCAGUUCACCCAGGUUCGUCUGACGAGUCCUUCAUCGAAAGACUCUUCAGUCAUUACAAUGAAAGGGAUCACCAGCUGUUGCUGAGAAAAGCUCCGGGAAACAAUCAGUUCAUAAUUCAACACCUACAAGGUACCAAUCCAGUGUUGUACAGUGCCAAGGGUUGGUUGAAGUACAGUAGAGAGAAUCCAGUGUCUCGAGCAGCAGUGACUAUCCUUCAGGACAGUUGCAAAGAAGACAUCGGUAAAUUAUUUGUCACCAUACGAGGACUAGGUGCUUCCAGCUUUGGAGGAUCUGUGGUAGGACUAGAUGGAUCUCAAUCACUGAGAAGGGCUUCAAGCAUAAGAAGAACCUUCACUGGUGGAGCAGCUGGUAUCAAGAGAAAAAGUGUUUGUCUCCAGACAAAAUUCACAAUUGAUGGUCUGGUUGAAACGCUCAGGCGAACGAAACUGAGAUUCAUACAAUGUAUUCUACCUCAACAUAAUGCUGGGCUCUGUGAGGCAAAUGCUUCUUUGAUGGCUGUGAAAACGACUGGAGGACUCUCCGACGAGUCCCUCAUAAAUGUUCCUCUUCUCAGAUCACAGAUAAGAGGCGGACAAAUCUUAGAUGUCGUUCGACUCUACAAGCAAGGUUUUCCAAACUUCCUGCCGCUGGCCGAAUUCAGGAGAAGAUUCCACCUUCUGGCAGGCGAUCACAAGAUAUCCAGUCCUGUGCUCGAUGAACGGAAAGCAGUGGAAGAUAUGCUCCAAGCUUUGGAUUUGGAACUAUCCAGUUACAGAGUCGGUCUCAGCCAGAUACCAGACUUCAGUAGAGCUUCACAACUGCAGGCAGGUGAAUUCAUACCACAUUCAAAGGCUACCCAAAAAGGAAUAACUUGUUACACCACGAAGAAUUGA